AUGCUGAUAGGACUUGUACGAGAUUCGGUGAUGCAGUGCUUCUGCCACUCAUGCAGGGCGCCCGUUUUACCAGCAGCUCACCGGCGCUCGGUGCCCGUCAAGAAACCCGUCGGAAAGCCAAGGACUAAGCAACCAAAGAAAGUGAAAUUCAUCACCACUGAGAUCCGCUGUCAGGAGAUGUCUAAGGGAGGGUUGGCGUAUGAAGUGAUCCUCGCUGAGCCUGUGGGCGUGCCCGUGCCGCGCCGCGCGGACUCACCUGAGAAGACGCCUUCGGUCGAAGAGAUACAGGAGAAGUUGAAGGCUGCUGAAGAGAGGAGACGUAGUUUGGAAGCAAGCAAGAUGGCUGCUAUCGCUCAAAAAAUGCAGAAAAUCGAAGACGCGUCGCGCAUCCGCAGCGAACAGACGAACAACUUCAUCGUGGCCACAAAGGAAGCCCUGGACGCCAAGAUGGACUCCCACGAGGAGAAACGCGAGGCCUACAUCAACGAGCUGCGGGCGAGGCUCAAGGAUCAUCUGGAGGGAGUCGAGAAGACCAGGUUGACCUUGGAGCAACAGACAGCUGAGGUGUACAAGGCUAUCGAGGACAAGAUGAACACCGCGGCCGACAAGCGAGACGAGAACAUCAAGAAGAUGCUGGAGCGUCUGCGGGAACAUGAGGAGCAGGUCCGCAAGGUCCGCGCGGGCAACCAGGAGCGCUUCCAGCAGCUGGAGAGCGCCAUACAGGACAAGCUGCAGCAGGCCGCCGACCGCCGCCUGCAGAUAGAGGCGGAGCAGAGGGAGAAGCUGCGCAACCAUAACAACAAGCCGGCGGAGGUGCGCUCCGUCAUCACGGCCAAGAUGGACGAGAUCUCCAAGGACAUCGAGACCAAGCUGACCGCCGCCGAGCAGAACAGGGAGAAGGAGAUACAGAAGAAACUAGACUUCGUUAAGAAGGAGGAGCGACGUGCAGAGCUGGUGCGGCAGAACAAGUUCGCGCGCGCCGAGAGUGAGGCGCCCACCUCCGGCUAG